AUGUAUAACAAAAAGUGUAUGUUUAAUAUUUUAAUUAUUGGAACAUGGACCUUAGUUCACAGUGGUUAUAUGGAGGAUAAUUAUGCGAAAAGUGUAAUUGAAGAUGCUGAUUUGGAUACAGCCCAGCUUAUCCAUAAAUACAAGUAUCCGGUGGAAACCCAUUUUGUUACCACUAAAGAUAACUAUAUUUUAAGAGUUCAUCGCAUACCGAAACCUAAUGCUCCACCAGUAUUUCUAAUGCAUGGUUUGCAAGACAGUUCAUCUACUUGGAUUUUAAUGGGCCCCCAUAAAGCACCAGGCUAUUUCUUUUACGAUAAUGGCUACGAUGUUUGGAUGGGCAAUGCUCGUGGCAACCGUUACUCUCGCAACCACACCACUCUAGACCCUGAUAUUGAUCGAGAUUUCUGGAAAUUUUCCUGGAAUGAAAUUGGGUUUUACGAUUUAGCCGCCAUGAUUGAUUAUGUUCUGGCACAAACGGGUUAUCAGAAAACUGGCUAUUUUGGACAUUCACAGGGCACCACCUCAUUUUGGGUUCUAUGUUCCAUGCGUCCACAAUACAAUGCAAAAAUAACUAUGAUGCAUGCCUUAGCGCCAGUGGCAUAUAUGAAGCAUAUAAAAACGCCUCUGCUGGGAAUGGCCAUCAAUUUUAUUAAAGCCUCUAAGGGGCAUGUAACAGAUUUGUUGCCCCGCAAUAAUAUGUUUUAUAAAAUGUGCCUGACAUCUAAAAUGGCCGAGGAUACAUGUAUGGAUGUUUUAAAUAAAGCUCUGGGUAAAGAUGGGAAACAAACGAAUACGUCCAUGCUUCCAGCAAUUUUUGGUCAUGUGCCCGCUGGCUGUAACAUCAAACAAGUGGAACAUUAUAUGCAACUGAUAGAAAGUGAUCGAUUUUGUAACUACGAUUUCGGCUUACAAGGAAAUGUGAAACACUAUGGCCAGUCAACACCACCGGAGUAUCCGUUGAAAAAAGUCACCGCACCUGUGGGUCUGUAUUAUGCUCACAAUGAUUAUCUGUCCAGUGUGGUUGAUGUUAAGAGAUUGGCCAGAAUGCUGCCAAAUGUUGUGGAAAACUCGCUGUAUCCUUAUAAGAAAUGGAAUCAUAUGACCAUGUUGUGGGGCGUAGAUGCCAGAGAAUUGGCUCAUAAGAGAAUGUUGGAAGUGAUGAAAAAUUAUCCAUAUGAAUGA